UGGUAAGAAGGUAUAAAAAAUAGAGCAUGCUUUAAUUCCAAAGUCCUCAAAUUCUAGCAGAAAUGAGCAGGCUUUACGUUAUAUUUUACUGGUAAUGGAGGGUUGCUUUAGAUUAGAAGGCAAUCAGAAAACUUUUGUUUACUUUGAAAUAAACUGGGAAAGUAGAAUGGUGUUUUCCCUUUUGCUUUCAUUCAUUCUUGGUUUCCUUCUCUCUGUAUUGGAGCCCAAUAUCCUAUUACAAGGAGGAGAGAGAAGGAAGGUGGGAAAAGCACAGGAGGCAAUUAGAUCUGGGACAAUAUUUAAUUGCAUGAGUUCAAUACAGAUGGCAUCCCUUCCUGGAUCAUUAGAAGGUAGAAAGGAGAUGCAUCAAUAGUAAGCAGUAGCAAAGUAGCUGUUUAGGGAGAGCAGUAUUCCCUCAUACCUGGCAUGAGAAUAUAUCAGUUAUCACCCCUAGCAAUUCCAUUUUUUUCAGAAAACAAGAUAACACCAUUGUUUGUUCUUAUGAGGUUUCACUCUUUCAGAAGGAAUGCACGAAGCAUCUGGGAUUCUCCUGGACACAAAGCUCUUGCUGGAAGAAGAAAACAUUUGCCUAGCUGUUAUACCAGAUGAAGCUGUUUCUGAAUCAGGAAACUUGGGUGACCCUCUCAUCAUUUCUCAUCUUGAUUACUGUUGAUCUGCUUUCUUUGGGCUGAUCUUGAAGACUACUCCGCAAUUACAUCUGGUCCAAAAGGCGUAGUUGCCAAUGGUCAGUCCCAGUUCAUGUCCAUCUUGCAGGGACUUCAUUGGUUACCAGAGUGACAAGAACUCUAAAGGUGUUGCUGUGCAUGGACAGAGUUUAAAUCAAACUAUUGAAAAUUAACUGUAGAGGCUGGAAACUGAAGAUGUUUUCCCAUUGUGCUGCGAUUCUUCUACUUGUCUUGCGUGCAGCUGAUUCACAGAGUAAUGAAGUAAAAACGAUUGAGGUCCCUUUAGGAGGCAUGGUAAAUAUCAGCUGUGAAAUUUCAGCUGAGGCUUUGUCAUGGUCCCUGACCUGGUACAAGGAAGGACAAAAUAAAAACUUGCGCAAGAUUGAUGACAAGAACUGGAAAACAGACCAAAAGUGCACCCCACACUUCUGUAAGCUGAUUAUCAACAAUGCGCAAAGGAAUGUAUCUGGUACUUAUACCUGUAUUGCAACAAGUCAGGAAUCUGGAAUACUACCCAUGCACAGCACAAGAGUGAUAAUCACAGAAACUUUGAAGCCAAAUCUUUCUAUCCUUGUGCCAUCCUUCUUGCAGGAUGAACCACUGAAGCAUGAUAUUCCUCUGCUCUGCACCCUUUUCAAUGUUAGCCCUAAUUCAAAUGCUUUCAUUUGGAAUAUUAAUGGAAAAAAAUAUCAGGAUAGGAUGGAUGCUGACAUGAUAGAUGGGAAAGGAGCUUUCAGUAUUUGGAGCUUGAAACUGAUUCCACCAGAGGAUUGGCAGCCUGAAAUGUCUUAUGGUUGUUCAUACCCAGGGGACAUGACGAUGCUGCAGUCUUCACAACAGGAAGUGUCCUCAAACAGGAAGAUUCACAGAUCAAAGAAGCAGAACUAAGUUGGAGAAGGUUAAAUGUGGCUUAGAAGGAUUGAGAGUUUUGUAUAAUAAAUAGAAGAUGGAAAGACUCACAAAGAAGAAAGUGAAUGACAGAAUUUAAAGUUCAACAUGAAGAACAGAAGUGCUUAUGUUAAUAUACAACUUUUCCUUCUAGUAUAUUCCUAUGAUUUAUAAUCCAUAAGCAUAUAUUAUUGACUCAAUUGCAUUUUCCAUAAUCCCAUGAGAAGAGAAGGCACUGCCUUUACUGUAAAGUAGUUUGAACUUUAUUUUAGUAAUUAUCUGUACGUUGGGUGCCUGCCAGUUUUUAUACUAUUCAAAUGUUCCAAGUAUUUCUCCUUUAUUAUAUCCAGAAACAGAGUAACAUGGUGGCCUAGAGGUGAAGCUCUUACUCACAAUGAGGAGGCUGUGAGUUUUAUCCUAGGUAGCAGCAGAUAUUUCUCUCUUUGGGCUCAAUGAGUAAUUGUCUGCUGUGAACUCUGCAUAGGUGUCAGGAAGGGCAUCCAGCCAGUAAACAUUCAAGCUCCAUUCAGUCGCCCCAACUUUAUCCCAAUGCAAGGGAUUACAAAGUCAUUAAAAGAAAACAAAAUAUCCAGUAAUAAUAGUAUAGAAACUAAUACUGUACAUAAACACAGCAUUAUAAAAUUAGUUACACAACUACAGUGAACACUUCCUCUGUGCCACUCAAAUUAGCUUGCAUAAAUAUCCUUUUAUCUUAGCAAAACCCUUAAAAGGUAGCUAGAUCUAGGGAUAAUAGCCUUUCUAGGCCUCUAGCUAGAAAUACAGUUCAGAAGAGGUUCUUUCUUUCCUUAUUUUAGAAAAUAAGGCCUACUUGCAUAUUGUGACUCAAGAUGGCU